AUGAAGUCCAAGGCGAAAACGAGGAUGUCCAUGGUGGACAAGCAUGAACUAUAUUCGAGACACUUCAACGACCCUGGCGCUUCCUAUUCUGACUUGGCUAUAUGGGCAGCCACAACGUUUGGGCCUCGACGAAGCCGUCCAAAUCAACCAUCUGAAACACUUUUAAGCACUACCAAACAACGAGUGUUCGAGCCCACAGCAAUGCUAUAUCACAUGAGCGCCGCUGAGCUCAUCCGCAAGCAAGCAUCCAACUACGCCGCCCAGCUUGACGUGCCCAACUCCGAUAUCCCGUCCUAUUCGAAGGGUUGGUUAUACCGGUUCCAGCAAAAGCACGUACUUACCAGCAAAAUUGAACAUGGCGAAGCAGGAUAA